UUUUUUUUUCUUCUUCUUCUUUUUUGCUUUCUUAUUUUAAUACACCAAUCAUGUGGGAUUUAUUACCUGCUGAACUCUUAGAAAAAGUCUUUAAUUAUUUAUCAUAUGAUAGCAUUUCUCAAUGUCAACUUACUUGCAAACAAUGGGCAAAAGUAGCUCAACCACAGUUAUAUAAACAAGUGACAUUAAGUACAUGUAAUAUAGAAAAGUUCAAACAUACUAUUCAAUCUUCAGCCAUUGGAAUGCUUGUAAAAAAAAUAAAUUUAAAUAAUAAAAAUAAUUCAUUGUUCAAUCCACUUCAAUAUGGAGAAUAUUUUAAUGUCAUUCCAACCCUUUCUGUUCAUUGUCCGUUCAUUGAAUCUUUCAAUAUCUCUCACACAUCUCUUUCAUUCUGGUUCAAUUUCAAAAAUGCGCGCGACAGUAACUAUUGGCCUCGAUUAAAGGAGAUACCAUAUCCUAUGGAAGCUAAUGAAAUUGAAUAUUAUACCCAGAUUGCUCUUGGAUUACGAGAUUCACUCGAGAGUCUAUUGCUCUGUGAUCAACUAUCGUAUGCUGAGGACAAUCAUCUAUCUUUAUAUCGAGCUGAGUAUGAUGCAUUAAAGAAAGAACUAAGUUCUUUUCAUCGUUUAAAAAAGCUGUUUAUAAGAAUGCAUACACAUGAAUCGAUUGAAGAUAUAGAUUCUGUCUUUGAGGAUUGUCUUUCAUUAAAGAUCUUAAAUGUGAAUUUAUAUUAUUCUAACCCUACUACUACUACUACUAUUACUAUAUCAACGUCCCAUCCUUUGCCUUUUGAAGAAGAAGAAGAAAUGUGCUUUACGCAUAUUGUACCAAGUCCAACUAUUUUUAGUCUCGAACUUAAUUCUGUUAUACAUACGAAUAGAGUAUACCCGUAUAUUAUGCACAAAUUUCCAUCACUUCGUCGUCUAUACGUAAAUGUGGCAUGUGAUGAUAGAACAAGACAGUUGAUGAGACUGACUAAACCUAAAUUUUCAAAAGAAUUUAUAGAGCAUCUAUAUCAUUACAUUUCAAAUAUUGAAGACUGUUAUUUAGAUAACUUGCAUGUCUCUAAUAUAACAGAAACUAUCUAUCAUUGGCUUAUGACUGCAAGGAGAGACAACAAUAGGACAUUAAGGAUUAUGUAUGAAAAUGAUCGUUUAAACGAAGUUCAUCAUGAAAAUGCAACUCAUUUACGACUUUAUACAACCAAAGAGGACGAAACGGUCGAUUUCCAGGAAAAUAAUCAUCCGCUAGAAAGGGAAGGCAUGAUGAUGGUGAAAUUGGCUGUGAUCUUUAGAGCAGAUGUAGAUGAAUUUAGUUUACCACAUAUUGAGCUUAUUGAUAAGAUUGGACAUACUAGUUCAUUUACUACACUAGACCUCGACAUGAAGCAAAAAAGAGUAUGUCGAUUUAUGGCAGAUAACAACAAUGAUUUCUUAAACAUGAUAUCAGGCUAUUACUUGGAUCAUUUAUUUAGGACAUGUACCUCACUAAGGACCCUCAUCUUGCGUGGUGCCUUUCUUCUUGAUUGUGCCCCUAAUACAGAUACGAGUCAAUCGAUUGAGCACUUGAUCUUGUCUCGUUGCCGAAUUCACCCCCCUGUGCUCUAUCAAUUAUCGAUUCGACUUCCCUUAUUGAAAACGUUGAGUUUUUAUUGUUGGGAAUUUGUAACUGUAGAUGGUCGAAAUUCGACUGAAUAUAUUGAACAGUCUUUAAUGGUUGAUAUGCCCUAUAGUUCAUUGCAUACUAUACGAUGGAUUAGUGAUGAUGACCAAAGAAGGAACAUGGCUGAUGUAUUUUACUUGAGAGUCUGUACCAUCAGAAAGGAAAGUUACUACAGAGGGGAUCAAAAUCGACUUUACCUGACCUCUGCACAAGCCUAUAGACAUUCAAUGUCAAGAGAAACAACGAUGACAUUCUAUAUUCGAUGUAAAGAUAUUAAAAUAUUUUCACUUUAUCAUAAAGGAUUUCAUACAGAUUAUGAACUAAUAAACCAAUAAAACACACACACACAC